GUUUCCUAUUUGUAUAUCAUUGUGUUUGCUAAUAACCCUCUCAACACAACUAUAUAAUCAAACAAUUUUUUUAUUUUUUCUUUAACUAUUGUAGUUAUAAAACAAGAUUAGGCAAUAUACUGUUAGAAUGUCUAAAAAGAUGUCAAGACAGCAAGCCAUUGAGCUUAAAAUAAAAAACGAUAGACAACUAGCGUUAAAUGCGGGUCGUAAACUUGUGAAAUGUGAUCCUGGCGAAGAUAUUGUUAUUUCAGGAAUUUCAGGAUCGUUUCCUAAUUCAGAUGGCAUACCAAAUUUUGCUGAAAAUUUAUUCAACAAAGUGGACCUCAUUUCAGGAGAUGAUCGAAGAUGGUCAAUUCAACACCCAGAAAUUCCAAAACGUACUGGAAAAUUAAAUCAUGUGAAUAAAUUUGAUUCAGCUUUUUUUGGUAUUCAUUACAAGCAAGCUCACGCUAUGGACCCAAUGUGUCGAAUAAUUUUAGAAAAAACUUACGAAGCAAUUGUAGAUUCAGGUUACACUCCUUCGGCAUUAAAAGGUACAAAUACAGGAGUAUUUGUGGGAGCUUGUUUCAGUGAAACCGAAAAAACAUGGUUUUAUGAAAGAUUACAAAUAAAUGGUUUUGGGCUUACAGGAUGUGCUCGUUCUAUGCUGGCUAAUAGGAUAUCUUAUUGGCUAGGAUUAAAUGGGCCAAGCUAUACUGUUGACUCGGCAUGUUCUUCGAGUUUGUAUGCAUUAGAACACGCUUAUAAAGCUAUUCGUGAUGGAAUAUGUGACGCUGCAAUUGUUGGUGGUUGUAAUUUAUGUCUUCACCCAUACGUCUCUCUUCAAUUUGCUCGUUUGGGAGUGUUAUGCAUGGACGGAAUAUGUAAAUCUUUUGAUGAGUCAGCUAACGGAUAUGUAAGAUCAGAAGCUGUUUGUGUCGUUUAUCUACAAAAAUCUAAAUAUUCUAAACGGAUAUAUGCUAGACUUAUACAUGCCAAAACUAAUUGUGAUGGUUACAAAGAACAAGGAAUAACCUAUCCUUCAGGACCAUUACAACAAAAAUUAUUAGAAGAGUUUUAUGAAGAAUGUGAAAUAACUCCUAAUAAAUUAGCAUGGGUCGAAGCCCACGGAACAGGAACUAAAGUAGGUGAUCCAGAAGAAGUGAAUGCUCUUGAUAAUGUGUUUUGUCCUGGUCGAACAGAACCGUUACUUAUAGGUUCUGUGAAAUCGAAUAUUGGUCAUGCAGAACCAGCUUCAGGUCUAUGCUCUGUAGCAAAAGUUAUUAUAGCUAUGGAAACUGGAUACAUACCUCCAAAUAUAAACUUUCAUACACCAAGAAAAGAUAUCACGGCAUUUUAUAAUGGUCGAAUCAAAGUUGUAGCAGAUAAAACGUCAUGGAAAGGUGGAUUAGUUGGCAUAAAUUCAUUCGGUUUUGGUGGAGCUAAUUGUCAUGUGUUACUUGAGUCAAAUCCAAAAAAUAAGAUUAACAAUGGACUUCCUGAUGACGAUUUACCUAGGUUGGUUGCAGUAUCUGGAAGGACUGAAGAAGCUGUAUCAGUAAUAUUAAAUGACUGUACUUCAAGAUCUUUAGACAGAGAAUUUGUGCGUUUAAUUCAUGAUAUACACGAAAAGGAAAUUUAUGGGCAUAUUUACAGAGGAUUCACAAUUUUAUCAAAAACGACAUCAAAAAAUAAAUUUAUUGACAUAAAGUAUUAUUGUGGAGAACCACUGCCCAUCUGUUUUGUAUUUUCUGGCAUGGGAGCUCAGUGGUCUGGAAUGGGCAAAUCGUUGAUGAAGUUACCAGUUUUUAGAGAAUCGAUUAAUAAUUCUCAUAAUAUUCUUCGGCAAUUUGGUGUUGAUUUGAUAAAAGUUAUAACUGACUUUGAUUUGAAUAUAUUUAACAAUGCCGUCAACCUUUUCGUUGGAAUAACAGCUAUACAAGUCGCAUUAUAUGAUAUUAUGUGUGUUCUAAAAAUUUCUCCAGAUUUUUUAGUUGGACAUUCAUUAGGAGAAAUUGCAUGUGCAUAUGCUGAUGGAUGUCUUACAGCUGAGGAAACAAUUAAGAUUUCUUACUAUUUAGGUCUUGCUACCUUAAAUACAAAAUUAUCAAAUGGAGCUAUAGCAUUUGUUGAUAUUGGGCAUCGAGAAAUAAAAGAAUUACUUUCCGAAAAUAUUGAAAUAAUUUGGCAUAACUCUGAAAAUAAUUGUACUAUUUUAGGACCAAAAGAACAAAUUGAAAACACUGUUUCUCAAUUAAAAUCUAAAAAUAUAUCCACUCAAAUAAUCAACUUAAAUAACAUACCUUACCAUUCAAAAUCAUUUAAUAAAGUUACACCAAAAAUAAAUGAAUAUUUAAAAAAAAUUAUUCCUAACCCCAAAUUAAGAACUCAAAAAUGGAUCAGUAGUUCAAUAUCUGAAGCUAAUUGGGAUACAGACAGUUCUAAGUACUGUUCUACUGAAUAUUUUGCUAAUUCUCUAUCGAAUACUGUACUAUUUGAGGAAGCUUUAAAACAUUUACCAAAUAAUGCAUUGUUAGUUGAAUUAGGUCCACAUGGAAUUUUACAGAAUAUACUAAAACAUUCGAUGAAAAAGUUUACAAACAUCGAUUUAAUAAAUAAAAAAUACGAUGAUGGACUUGAAUAUUUAUUUACUGCUCUAGGAAAUAUGUUUGAGGUUGGAUUAAACCCAAAAUUGAGCAGUCUUUAUCCAGAUGUCGAAUUUCCGGUCAGUCGAGGUACUCCAAUGAUUGCACCAUUAGUACGGUGGGAUCAUUCAGAAGAUUGGUUUGUCACUAUGUACAGAGUUCAAGAUAAAAUUAAAUCUGGUGAACGUAAUAUCACAAUUUCAUUGAAAGAUGAUGAAUACGAGUACUUGUCCGGUCACGUCAUUGAUGGCAGAAACCUUUACCCUGCAACUGGAUAUCUUCUUUUGGCAUGGGAAACACUAGCAUUGAUGCGUGGAGAACUUCAUUCUGAGAUUCCUGUAGUCUUUGAGGAUGUUCGUUUUCUAAGAGCAACUAAUAUUCCAAAAGAAGGAGCUCUAGAUCUGACUGUUAUGGUACAAAAAGGAAGUGGUACAUUUGAAGUUGUUGAAAGUGGAGCAGUUGUUGUUACUGGUCGUAUAUAUGUUCCAACUGAUAUUAAUAAAUUGAUGAUUGAUGUACCUCCUCACAAUAAUAAAGAAGAUGAUUGCGAUCUGGUCGGUAAAGAUAUAUAUAAAGAAUUGAGACUUAGAGGAUAUAAUUAUAAAGGACUAUUCAGAAGUUUGACACGAGUCAACUUGGAUGCUACCGUUGGAAAAGUUAGCUGGUUUAAUAAUUGGGUAGCAUUUAUGGACAAUAUGUUACAAAUUCAAAUACUGAAAGAAGACACCAGAGGCCUUUUUGUUCCAACUUCUAUUCAAAAACUCGUCAUUAAUGUUAAAAAACAUAAUUCAAUCUUACAAAAACUGUCAACUGAAAAUCCUGAAAUUCCUGUACACGUCUAUCCAGAAAUAGAUUUAAUAAAAUCUGGAGGUGUUGAAAUUAGAGGCUUAUAUGCAAAUGCAAUUUCUAAAAGAAAACCACUAUCAGAUCCCGUUAUAGAAAAAUAUGUAUUUGUUCCCAACGUUUCAAAAUUGAAAUACACUUUGGAAGAUGUCGUUCGAAUUUCAUUACAUUUGAUUAUAGAAAAUGUGAUGGGGAUUAAUAUUAAAACUAUAGAAAUUUUAAAUAAGUUAAUAAAUUCUGAUAUUCAUGUAAUCAGUCCUAUCAUUUUGAAUGUCUUAGCAGAUUUGCCACUUUUGCAGCCUGAGGUUUCUAUUUAUUCAAAUGGAAACAAUCCUCAAUUGACCGAUUUACCAUCAAACAUUACAAUUGAUGACAAAAAAUUAUCUGCUGAUCAAUCUGCCUAUUUAGUUGUUGCAACUGAAGUUCUAGAAGAUAAAGAUUUAUUGGACCAAAUUUUCAAUACUCUCAAACCAGACGGAUUUUUAUUAUCUCGUGAAAAAUUAAAUUCAGUCAUACCAGAAAAUCGCGUUGAUGUUUGCUUUGAUACAACUUUAGAAGGAGAGAGACUUUUGCUUGUUAAGAAACCAGUAGAACAAACUGAUAAUCCAAUUGUUGUAAAAAUAUCGAGCUCUGAAUUUUCAUGGCUCUCUUCAUUACAAAAUAUUUUGAAACCUGACGAUGUAAACAAGGAUCGAAAAGUGAUUCUUCUUGCUGAAAAAGAGCAAUCAAAUGGUAUUAUUGGACUAUUUAACUGCAUUAGAAAAGAGCCAGGAGGUGAAAGAACGAGGUGUUUUUUUAUAAUGGACUCAAAUGCACCAGAUUUUUCUUUAGAAAAUCCAUUUUACAAAUCUCAACUUAAAAAAAAUUUAGCUCUGAAUGUAUUAAAAAAUAAUACAUGGGGCUCUUACAGACAUUUGUUACUUGAACCUCCUUCAUUAGUGGAGUGUGAACAUGCAUACGUCAAUUCUACUAUUCGAGGGGAUCUUUCUUCUUUAAAAUGGAUUGCUGGUCCAAUAAAAGUAACAGAAAAAAAUAAAUUAGAUAUUGUUCAUAUAUAUUACACAGCUUUGAACUUCCGAGACAUUAUGCUAGCAAGUGGAAAACUUGCUCCAGAAAUAGUCGCUAAAGGUCGAUUAGAUCAGGAGACUGUUAUCGGUUUUGAGUAUUCUGGGCGAAACAUACUAGGAGAAAAAAUUAUGGGAAUAUCACCUACUAGAGGACUGUCAAAUCUGGUGAAAGUAGAUAAAUUGAUGAGUUGGAAAGUACCCGAUAAAUGGUCAUUGGAAGAUGCAGCCACUGUCCCAGUGGUUUAUGGAACAGUAUUUUAUGCUUUUUUAGUCAACGGUCGCAUUAAACAUGGAGAUUCGGUUUUAAUACACGCUGGAACAGGCGGAGUUGGUCAAGCUGCAAUAAAUAUAGCACUAUUUUACGAAUGUAAUAUUUUCACUACAGUAGGAACACCAGAAAAAAGAGAAUUUAUUAGAAAUAACUUCCCACAAAUACCAGAAAGUCAUAUAGGAAAUUCACGAGAUACUUCAUUUGAGCAAAUGAUUAUGAUGGAAACUGAUGGUAAAGGAGUAGAUAUAGUAUUAAAUUCCUUAGCCGAGGAAAAACUAAUAGCAUCUGUAAGAUGUUUGGCUACUGGUGGACGUUUUCUGGAAAUUGGAAAAUUCGAUUUGGCAAAUAACAGUCUGCUAGGAAUGGAACUCUUCUUAAAAGAAAUAAGUUUCCAUGGUGUUAUGUUGGACUCUUUGUUCUAUAGUACUGUAGAAUUAAGACAAGUAUUGAAAGACGGAGUUCAAGAACUUUUGAAUAAAGAUGCUAUUAAGCCUUUAAUUCGCACAGUCUUCGAACAAGAUCAAGUAGAGCAUGCUUUCAGAUACAUGGGAGCUGGUAAACAUAUUGGAAAAGUAAUAAUUAAGUGUAGACCAGAAGAAGAAGAAAACAUAAUCAAACCAGAUCCAAAGAAUAUGACAGUAUAUCCACGAGUAUUAUUUAAUGAAAUAUCAACUUGUAUAGUUUGUGGUGGACUUGGAGGAUUUGGUCUUGAACUAGCUGAUUGGAUGGUUUUGAGAGGAGCGCGAAAUGUAGUUUUAACUUCAAGAACUGGAAUACGAAAUGGAUAUCAAGCAAUGAGAAAACGAAUGUGGGAAUCUUAUGGCGUUAAAGUAGUUAUAUCAACUGCAGAUAUUACAACCAAAGAAGGUGUCGAGCAAUUAUUGUUGCAAGCUAAUGAGAUGGGACCAGUUUCAGCCAUAUUUAAUCUUGCAGUGGUUUUAAGAGACGCUUUAUUUGAAAAUCAAACUGAAGAAGACUUUAAGGCUUCCGCAGGACCAAAAUCAAUUGCCACAAAAUAUCUUGAUGAAUUUUCAAGAAUUUUGUGUCCAAAACUUGAAUAUUUUGUUAUAUUCUCUAGUGUUAGUUGUGGCCGAGGAAAUGCUGGCCAAACUAAUUAUGGUAUGUCAAACUCGGUCAUGGAAAGAAUAUGUGAAUCUCGCCAUGCUGAUGGAUUACCUGCAUUAGCUGUUGAAUGGGGGGCAGUAGGUGAAGUAGGAUUAGUUGCAGAUAUGGCUGAGGAUAAUCAAGAAGUAGUCAUUGGGGGAACAUUACAACAAAAAAUUGGAAAUUGUUUAGAAGUAUUAGAUAAUUUAUUAAGUCAAAAGCAGUAUCCAAUUGUUUCUAGUAUGGUAGUUGCAGAGAAAAGAGCAACCGGAAGUAGCGCAGGAACUAUAGUUGAUACUGUAAUUAAUAUUCUUGGUCUUAAAGAUCUGAAAACUAUAAGUUUACAUUCUACCCUAGCUGAACUUGGAAUGGAUUCUAUGAUGGCAGUAGAAAUAAAACAAACUUUGGAAAGACAAUUUGAAGUGUUCUUAACACCUCAAGAUAUUAGAGGUAUGACUUUUGCUAAAUUACAAGAAAUUGAGGCCUCAGGUAAAGAAGAAAAUACAAAUAAUGAAACAUCCACUCCAUUAGAAUCUAUAACAAAAUUAUCAGAAAUAGGUCUUAAUUAUUUAAUCCAAGCAAUCGGAGAUGAAUCAACUGCAUAUAAUUCUUUAAUACGUAUUCCUUCAUUAAGUGAUAAUGGUUCUAAUAUAGAACAACCAGUUAGUAGUCACCGUACAUUAUUUGUUAUCCCGGGUCUAGAAGGCAUUGCAACAAUUAUGGAACCUUUAUCCAGUAAUUUAAAUAUACAAAUAUUAUGUAUACAGUAUAAUUUAGAAAGUGAAGCAAAAACAAUUGAAGAAAUGGCACUAUCCUAUUUUUUGUUGAUCGAAGCACGAGUAUCAAUAGGCCAAGAAGUUUUACUUCUUGGAUAUUCGUUUGGUGGUUUAAUUGCACUUGAACUUACAAAAUUAUUAGAACAAAGUAAUCGUUCUGUGAAAUUAUGGCUAAUUGACAGUUCACCUUUGUUCCUAAAAGGAAUUACUAAAAUUGCUUUCAAAGGAAACGAAUCUGAAGAAAAUGACAUUCAAGUAAAAUUAAUUUUGAGAUUUUUAGACCUUGUUUGGCCAAGUAAUAAAAAACAACACGAAAAGAAUCUUUAUAGUCUUAACAGCUGGGAAGAGCGUAUGCAAUUCUUUGUAAACUUAACUCCUGAAGAUGCACAAUAUAGCAAAGAAUAUCAAAAGCAUUUAUUAACAUCAGUUUAUAACAAAAUUCAAGCAAUAAUUAAUUAUAAAGAAAAUCCUACUGGUCAUUUAAAAUCUCCUGCAGUAUUGAUUCGUCCUAUUGAGUACAGUUUACCAUUAUCCGAAGACUACGAACUUUCAAACUAUUUCAAACAGAAAGUAGUCGUUCAUUUUGUUGAAGGAGAUCACUAUUCAAUUAUAAAAAAUGUAAAUGUUGCUAAACUCAUUGAGAAAUCAUUAUGAUUUUAAUUUUUGUAAAUAGUAACUAUUUAUUAUAUAUUUCGAUUAAAAAAAUUCAUUUAAUAAAUUGUAAUAUUUACUUAUA